AAGGGCCUUGUUUGUCUGCCCAUUCGGAUACCAUGUAAGUGACGUGUAUAAAGUUCCAACUAUUGCGAAAUUGUAUAUACGCGUCAGCAUUGAGCUUGUCAAAAUUGUAAACGUUUCCUUUUGAAACAUCUAUAUAUAUCUGUUUUUCAGAGUUUAUUUAAUACUACUGAUAGUACCAGGCAUCUUUUAGUUUUAAACCUUCAACAGUAUGGAAACGCCGAGUUUUCAAAAUCUGCCUGACUCUCUACUUCUCCAUAUAUUCUCCUUUUUAUCUGUAAGAGAACUUUACACCAUAUUACGUGUUUGUUGGCGGUGGUAUUCGGUUAUCAAUGAUGAACUGUACUGGAAAAAGCUGCUUUUAAAAGAAUGUCACAUACUCAGCAUCACCCAUCUUUCACAGACACCAGAGUUGAUACUGGACGAGUUAAAUUUUGCUGAAAUCCAGACAGAAUUGAAAUGUGUUAUUCAUGACCCAGUCUUUCAUUACAGUCGCAUUUUAUUUGAUGUAUGUAGUCCGAUGAUAAAUAAAGAACGGCGAAGAAUGAAAACUGAAAUGAGAGACUUGAAGCCCAAGCAGUCCUGGUUUCAAUCAUUAACACUCUUCUCUAGAUUAACUCCUUCAUUUUUCCCAUCUAAAACCUACGAAGCAGAAGCAAAGAUUGAAAAACCACCCACAGUCGUUAUGUUAGGACCUGGUUUGAAUUCUAAGCAAACAAAAUGUAUUGCCAGUAAAAUACUGGCUGGUAGGAACAACAUUUUUGAAGCUAUCUCAAUGUGUUCUGGUACUAAGCCAGGUUUAGGUUCAGGGUUACUAAUGAAAUGUCAAGGAAAGCGGCUUAACUUUGUUACCCUCUAUUCCAACACUUAUUCCAUACGAGAGAGACACCAGGGAAAUUCUCUGGAGCAGAACAAACUUUUUCAGAAAGAUAGCACCAAUGGUCAAUGGACCUUAGUACCUUCUUUAAAAGAAACAAUGGAAGAUAUUAACGCAAUCAUCUACGUUAUUGAUGCAAGACAGUGCGUUUGCCAGAUAGAAGACCCUUUUGUUGACCUGCAUGUACUUCUCCAUGAUUUGAACAAGACGCUGAUAUCUCAAGAAAGUGUGUGUGACCAAGCAUUAGACUCGGAAUGUUCGGGCCUAGUCAACUUUCAUCAAAGACUACCUCCACUGUUAGUUUUAGCAUGCGUUCCAGAUACUACCCAUCCAUGGAUGAGUUGGGAAGAUUUGUUGUCAAAGUUAAAUCUCUGUAGAUACAAAAAUCCUUGGCAUAUUUCUCAUACCGAUGUUUCAACCCUAAAGGACAUUACGAUAGGUCUCGACUGGAUGCUCGCCCACGUUUGUAAAGUAUCUACAUAAUAAUUCUUUAAUCCUGGAUAUAAAAGGAAGUGUCAUAUAAAUAAGAAACAAAAACCUUGUUCAAUCACACCAUGUUGGUGUACUUUUAUACGUCAGUAAAUUUAAUGUAUUGAAAACUAGUCUGAUAAUUGUAUGUCACAUAACUCUUGAUUUGUAUAUAGGUUUAGUCAUCAGAAAUCUAUUUAAUAAAAAAAGGAUAAUUACACAUUA